UCUCUGAGGCAGAAGCAAGAAUCAAUUCUCCAGACUACUCGGCUGCUCUGAGUGUUCAACUUGUUUGCUCUACCACCUCAUGAAGGUGAUCUUGAUCUUAUUUCCACAUGGCUUGUACUGAAAGUGGGCUUGCAGGGCAUAGCUGUUCAUCCAUAAUGGUACCGGUGGACAAAAAUGGAAGCAGGGAGACACAGCACAAUGUCCCACUUUGGUGUCUGAAGUGCAUGCAGGAUGAUGAAGAUGAUACAGAGUUCUGGGCCUGCCCUCGGGUCCUCCUGAGACCCCCCUUCACUGUGCCGAUACCAGGAGCCAGCAUUCUUGAAAAUCCAAGAGCUCUGAGACACCCUUUUACACUAACACCUGCUAUUGAGAAAGAGUCCCUAGCAACAGAAGUAAACAGCUCGGAGGGCCUGGAGAGCCAGAACAAGAAGGAUCAUGAUUCUAUUAAUAUGUCCCAGGAAAUCUCUGGAAGCCCAAUGGCACUGAUGAUUGAAGGUCCAAGAGUUGUUAGUGCGGUUAGUGAGGGAAACGGCAAUAGCUCAAAGCCAUAUAUGCCUGUGCCUAGAUCCCAAGGGUUCUUUCUACCAAGGGGCCCACAGUCACGAGGCCCUCGAUAUGUCCCCACACUUAGAUCGGGGAUAAUGAUGGAGGUGACUCCAGGAAAUCGUAGAAUGGCAUACAACGGCAGCCUGGCCCAUGUUUCUUUCCCACAGGGAAGCCCAAGGCACCCUGUGGAUAAUUGGCAGCAGAGACCUCCUCUCCAUUUGUCAACCAGUGUUUCAGGCUUACCUUGCUCUACUGCUUACUGCUUCAUGCCACCUCAACCACCAGCGUUCAGUCCAGUUCCUGUGAUGCCUUCUCCCUUUGCUUCUCCCCUGAGAUUUGGUUCUCCUCUGUUGCCUUAUUUUUUUCCUUAUAACACUGGAGCAAUUCCUCCUCCUCCAUACUUAAACUAGAGGGUUUGCAAGUA